AAAUGUAAUGUCGAUGAUUUUCUCGUCUAAUUUUUUCGCUUGUUAUAACGGUCAUUCAAUUUGCUUGUCCCGCGCAUUUAGAUUUAAUUAAAUAUUUGUAUACUUAUCAAGCAAAAGUGUGAAUAUGUCAUCAAAAAUGCGAAGCAGUUCGGUGGGUCGUAGGUCACCUACGAAUCCAGUAAGAAUAUCUACGAUUGAAUCAAAGAGGUCUGACACAUUGAAACCGAAGGCUUCCACUGGUGCUGAAAGUUCUUUUAUUCCCAGGCCUCGAACGAAGUCAUGCGACAGAACUAGUACUAGGGCAUCCAGUAUAAAACCGACAGGUAAAACACCACUUCGUCAUGGACCAACAACUCCAAGGACACCACGCAUAAAUGCUGCAAAGCAUUCUGCACUGCUUUCGGUUGGGAAUUCCAGCAGAAUUCACUCAGCUUUACCAACUGGACCCAGAUCCUUAUCUGCUGAUCGUAUCAGCAGUCUUGGAACCAAAGGCUCCAAGAAAGACACAAGGCCCUUAACGGACAAAACUUAUCAGGCUUAUAUGCUUAACAAGAUAGAUACAUAUUUCAAUGCGAAUCAGCUUAUUCAUAUGCUUAAUAGCAAUGGUAGUAUAAAGCCUAUUACUCUAAAAAUGUUUGUAGAAAUUUCUGCUUAUCUAGUUAAAAUGCUGGGUAUUAAAUCAUUUCUGACAAAUACUAAUUAUGUGGAAGAGUUGCCAAAGAUUGCUAAAAAGCUUCAUUAUCCUGGUGUUAUUACUAAAUCUUGGUUGAAGACUGCUAAUGCCAUGCAUUCCUGGCCCAAUGUUUUACGCUGGAUCUGCUGGUUGGUGGAAAUUUGCGAAGUUAGAGAAGCAGCUCUGGAAAAUUAUAAUUUAGAUAAUUUACCUUUCAUGGGAGAUGAAAGGCAAGCUAAUAUGUACAAGAAUACCUUCUUCUCUAUGAUUGAGUUGUACAAUGCUUGGAAUGAUUUAAAACUUGAUGAGGAAGCAGCAAUGGUUGAGAAGUUUUUGCAAGAACUUACAGAUCAGCAUGGUCUUGUUGAAAAAGACUUGACUACUGUACAAUGUGAGUUAGAGGAGAAAGAAAACAUAUUACAGACUGUUGAAGAAAAGACGCAGAAAAUAGAUGAAGAUGUAAGUCGUUUACAGGAAAUUCUCAAAAGUUUACAAAAUGACGAGGAGAAGCAGAUCAGCGAUAUCAGAGCAAAAGAAGAUUAUGUAAAAACAAUUAUUUCUGACACAGAAAAAAUAAAUGCUGACUGCAAUGUUCUGAAUGAACAGAUUCGUUUGCAAAACAUAUGCCGUGACAAUUUAAUUAUACAGAUUAAGCAACAGCCAAUGUCUAACACAGAGAAAAAUAAGAUACUGGAGGAGUGCAAAAAGAUUGAGAAUUACAUGCAACAAUUUGAUGAGCAUUUACAGGACAUAAAGAAAGAUAUAUAUACAAUGGACAUUACAUUAGCAUCGAUUAACCACAAUUUAACAAAGGUGGUCUUAGCAUAUAAUAAGGAAAUAUUUAUGCACCUUAGCAGAGAUAUGGGUGUCGAUUUGGAAGAAUUAAAAAUGCCGGAAACUGGUAUGUCACAUCCUCAAAUUAUGGAUGUAUUACAUGCUAAAGUUGGUUUAAUGAAUGAUUUCAAAGAAUUAAUGGAGAAACAAAUCAUUGAGAAAGAAAUUUUAAUUGAAUUAAAUUCCAACAAAUUAGAAGAUUUUCAAAAAAAGUUGGAAAUAUUGAAAGAGGAUUGGAGCGAUGAAAUAAAGAAGAAGAAGAAUCUCAUCAGUAAGAUUAAAACUGACUUCAAGAACGAAGAAGCAAAAUUGAGGGAACAAAUAAAAGCGUUACAAAUUGAUAUUAAGGAGAUUCAAGAUUCCAUUCCGUCUAGAGAAAAGAUUGUACAAGAACUUGAAGAAGCAACAGAUAAAUUAGAUGCAGUACGCAGAAGGAGAGAGUACAUUGAAGAAUCUGCAAAAAUAUUUUUCGAGAAAUUUUACAGUAUUUUAGGCGAGCAUAGAAGCGAUAUUUAUAAUCUAUUGUCGAAACACGAUAAAUAAUGUAGUAUAUGUAAAUUAUAUACCAGAAUUGCAAUAUACAAUAUAAUUUUAAUAAAUAGCAGAAUGUUAUAUACAGUUGUAUGAUAGUUUAUUUAGGCUUAAGAUUUUGUAUAUUUACACUUUUAUAUUGUAAGAGCGAAUGGCUAAAAUUAAUGGUUCAAAUCUCACAAAACCAUGUAUGAUAAUUUAUAAAUGAAAUUAUAUCAUAAAAUGAAAAUGUGCUAUACUUGUAAUAAAUAUAAACAACAA